UAAUUCCUGCGUGCGUGAGUGAGUGUGUGGAUCAGAAAGUUUGCGUGCAGGUCGCCGCCGCCAAGGAUGAGACCGAUAGUCUCUGUAAUAGUUUCUCAUCCUUGGUCGCCGCCACCUGGCAGAUUUGAAAUAGCGCGCCUGAGAGCAGAGCGGCGCGUUGGUGUGCGCAAUUUGGCGGGAAACUGUGUUGUGCUUUCCCCGUGUGUUUGUGUGACUGUACCUCUGUUUCUGACGCUCCCUUUCCUUCACCAUGGCUUCUACCACACCCUCUACUAAGGCACAGGCAGACUCCACCACAACCCAACCACCUACUACAGAUGAAAAAGUACAUGCGGCAAGUGCAGCGUUCAACCAUUUCUCUCAGGGCAAGCGACACCUCCUGGUGGGGGACUUCAAAUCUGCUGUCACUGCCUUCAAGGAGGCAACAGAGUCCCUGGUGGAGCUGUAUGGGGAGCAGGCGCCGGAGUGUGGUGACGCGUACUACCACUAUGGCCGUGCAUUGCUGGAGCUGGCACGCAAGGAGGCAGGGGUGCUGGGGCCAGAUCUGGAUGGUGCCAGUAGUCAGGAGGGAAGCACAGGGGAGGAGGAGGACGAGGAGGAAGAGAGUGAAGAGUCACAAGAGGAGGAGGAAGGUGGAAAGAAAGAGGAAGGAGAGGAGGAGGAGGAGGAGGAGGAGGAAGAUGGAGAAGGAAAGGAGAAAGAUAAGAAGGAAGGCAAUGUAGAAUGGAGGCGUCCUUGGUUUAUGUUCAGUAAAGCCCCGUAUUCUUGUCAUGGCAAUGUAGAAUGGAGGCGUCCUUGGUUUAUGUUCAGUAAAGCCCUGUAUUCUUGUCAUGGCAAUGUAGAAUGGAGACGUCAUUGGUCACAUACUGUUCUAAUGUAUGUGCACUUGCCACGCUGUUCACCAGGCAAAAGGCGUUGCAGAAAGAGCGCGAGAUCACUGUGUUGUGGGAGAAGACAGAGUCCCUUAGUGGUCAGCUGGUGACGGUCCACAACCACAGCCACUUUGAAGAGAAUGGCCUGAGCCACGACCACCUUGCUCAAGAAAAUAUCACGUUGACAAAGCUGAUUAAAGAAUUAGAAGAUAAGCUCAAACUUUCAAAGAUAGAAACCAAAGACGUCACAAGACAGAAUAGUGAGCUGCAUGCACUUAUCACAGAGUAUAAAGUCACUCCCUCAGAGGAAAAAGACAAGGAUGGCACCUCUUCAUGUGAGAACUCAGAAGCUAAAUGUACAGAUACCAAGGGGAAAUUGGUGGGUCAAGUGGCUACACUGACAUCUGAGGUUAGCAGGUUGGAGAGUGAGUGCAGCAGUCUUCAGGUUCAGCUAGACUGUGAGAGGGAUAAGUAUAACAAACUGCUGGGAGAAUCUCUUGCUCAUGAAAAGUUGUCUGAAGAUGUCAUAACUGAACCAAAAGGAGAAACAAUAAGAUUGGGAGGAACUGAGCUUUAACAGAAGCUGCAACAACUGCAGGAGGCUCACAGGGUCCUGGAGAGCAGGUUAACUUGCAGCAUGAAGGAGGUGGCUGAGCUGAGUGACAGGAAGUAGCAGCUUGAGCAUGCUGUAGUGCAUGAGGAGACAGAGUCCAUCGAUGUGUGCAUGUUUUUUGCUCAUUUGAAUCAUCUGUAAAAGUGAAGUGGAGGAAGUGUUUACUGUUUACUGUAUGCCAUUUCCUUUGUCUUUUAAUGAAGAAUUUUAUCCUUUUUCAGGUGACUACAUCACCAUCUACCAGUUGCAGCGAGGAGUGAUGAAGCAACAAGCUCGAGAACGCCAGUUAGACCUUGCCAGCCUCCAUCAUGAAUGAGAGGAAAUGAAGCAAAACCACUCUGCAGGAUUUGAUAUCAAAGCUGGUGCAGGAAAAGGAAGCAGAUCAUGACCUUGAGCAGCUCGAGAAGAUAAGCAGCGUCAUUAAGAGUCCAGUUGCUAUCAUUAGCAGUGUUGGAACCAGUGAGUCUGAGACACCCACCAGCAGUGGAAAGAUGGCUGACGAGCGCCUCAAACACUCUGAAAAGGUGGAGCAACAACAAGAAACAGAAAAUUGCAUCCAUCAUUCUUUGCCUGAGGAGGGAAUUGAUGCUGUGUUGACCCUUCACACUGAUGUCCCUCAUGAGGAGGGAGAAUAUGAAUCCUACAGAACUUGCCCAUAGAAAGACCAAAACUGUUACUGCUGCCACUACCACCACUGCCACCACUUCCACUGACACCAAAAGCCCAACUGUGCAGAGAAUCCUGGACCUCCGCAAUGAAAUGGAGUCCACCAGUCACCUGGAGCACUUUAGCCUCCAAAAGUUCCAUCCGUGUCCAUUGUGUUUGGGUAAACUUAUCAUUGUAUAAGGGGACAAGUAUCAGUGUAUGGUUACUAUAUACUCAUUUGUACUUAAAGAUGUCAUGUCACAUCAUUCUCUCUCUCUCUCUCUCUCUCUCUCUCUCUCUCUCUCUCUCUCUCUCUCUCUCUCUCUCUCUCUCUCUCUCUCUCUCUCUCUCUCUCUCUCUCUCUCUCUCUCUCUCUCUCUCUCUCUCUCUCUCUCUCUCUCUCUCUCUUUCUUUCUUUCUUUCUUUCUUUCUUUCUUUCUUUUGUUGCAUAUUUUACUGCUUUACAUUCCUCCCCACAGUAUUUUUUCAUCUACUUUAUGACUGCAGUAGUUUUAUCAUCCCAGUGUAUGCCGUAUCCACUCUGAAACUGUAAUUCACCAAUCAGCUCAAAUGUGUCUCUGUUUUGAUAAUCAUUAAUUUGUUUCAGCUACACAACCACUCUGAUAAGGGACAAAAUCUCCUUCACCAGUCAUCUAUGUCAUACAGUCAUAUAUAUUCAUACAUAUGACAAAAUACUCUUCCUAAGACAUUUCUUAUUUUCUCUUCUCAAGUGACCUGUCCAUCUAUCUAAGGUACCACAUAACAUUUAAAACUUACAAUAUUGUGUUUAAUUCAUGAACACUUUUUUGUCUAUCUAUGUAGACUUGAAAUUGUAUUGCGGUAUAG